AUGGCCUUCGCAUCUAAUUCGAUGGGGAUGCAUGGCCUCAAUCCAGCAGAGAUGGGACCGGAGCUAUCUGAUGUGGCUACGAAUGAAGUCGGUUUUAAGAGUAUCUCUGGUGAUUGCAACGUCCGAUUACUUCCUACCCCCUGGCCUGCCGAUACCCUUCCCCCACCAACGUCCGCACUCCUGGGCGUCGCGUCGACCAAGGGAAUAGUCGUCGGUGCCGGUCCCGAUUGUCUGGCAAUUUCCAGAACAGAAGACAUCAGGAAGGCAAUCUCAGCGCCGUCAGGCGAAGAAAAGAUUAAGACGAAGCCCUUUGAGCCCCAGUCGAAGAUACCUCUUCCGGCACGACCUACCCAUGUGGCCUUCUGUUCAGGUGACAACGCAUUGCUUCUGGCUGUGGAAAAUGGAGCACAGGUAUCAAUUUACGAGACAGAGAGCUUGUUACAGCCAAAUGCGCAACCGGGAUUUUCCAUUCCUACAAACGGUGUCAGCUUGCGUGGUGUAUUCCCAAACCCCGCGCCGCCGCCCGAUGCCCAUUCUCCUCUCGUUGCCUUGGUUACUAUGAACGGCGAUCUACUAAUAGCAAAUUUACAAGCGAGGAAUCUCGUUACUGGGCCCAAUGGUCCUGUAUUAAAGAAUGGGGUCAGUUGCGUUUCAUGGAGCACCAAGGGCAAACAACUCGUGGCGGGACUUGGGGACGGUACUCUAUAUCAAAUGGCCCCCGAUGGUGCCAGGAAGGAUGAGAUACCACGCCCCCCUGAUCUAGAACCCAACUGCCAUGUUUCGUCAAUAUCAUGGCUUGAGAAUGACGUUUUCUUAAUCGUCUAUACCCCGAACUCCGCCGAGGAUGAUAUGGGGUCUAACCCUCCAUCAUCAUAUUACAUUGUUACCAGGCGGAAACAGGCCCCGUUCAUGUUUCAGAAGCUGCCCGAUUUGUGUUUGCCGUUCGGCAUGAAGCGUACACCUGCAUAUCAAUUUAUCGCGCGCAUGAGAGAUUUCAAACCACACUUGAAGGAUCUCUUAAUCCUCGCAUCUACCGCUUCAACGGACGUGGGACUCAUAACAAGAUCGGACCAACCGCUAUCAGAUGACGAUGCUGCCAAGCAGACUACAGGCCUUUUCACAACGACGGAGAUAAUCGAUGAUACCAAGCGAGCUGAGAUCCCAUUGACUGAAGCUGGCGAGGAGACUUCCGUGAUAGGUUUCGGACUUGACCUUUCGAGCACAGAGAAUGUCGUGUCACCAAUACCGGGAGAGGAAAUUUCAGAAAGCUCGACCCCUCUUCCUAAUCUUCUACUACUUAAUAACGACGGGAUUUUGUCCUCUUGGUGGUUUGUGUAUUCGGACUCAAUCCGGCAGAAAAUGGCGUAUCAUGGCCUGUCCACUUUGAGCACAGGCCCACAGCAGCAGCCACAGCAACCAGCUGCAUUUGGUACUCCUUCGCCGUUCGGCGCGCAGCUAGGCUUUGGAAAAUCCUCUGCUACUCCAGCCUUUGGCACGCCGUCUGCAUUGGGCGGCAAUCGACCGAGUACUUUUGGGACGCCCUCGGCCCUUGGCGGUGGUCCUGUCUUAGGCUCUUCUGUAUCAAAACCUUCUUUUGGUACCCCCAGCCCCCUGGGGCGUGCUACGCCGCAAUUUGGCCAGUCUGGUUUUGGGGCUUUGGGCCAGACACCUUCCCUAGGCCAGCCGUCAACCCCUGGCUUUGGUUCCAUCUCUGGGGGUGGAUUUGGUUCAUAUGCGAAGGGUGGCGGAUUCGCUAGUCUUGCCCCACAGACUCCUCCAGGGAAUCCAUUCGGAAAGCUGGCUGCAGAAAGUCCCUUUUCGAAGCUGUCAGGAACUUCUCCUUUUGGCCUCACCGCGAAUAAGGACACAGCUUUCACCCCCCAGAAAUCCAAAGACUCCACGUCCACGGGCUUUGGCUUACCUCCAGGUGGCUUCGUCCUUGGAUCGACAUUCAAGGGUGAUGGCAGCGCUGUUAAUGAUGGACCGAAGCCGGAAAAGCCUUCCGGAAUGUUCACCUUAGGCGGGGAUUUGGACGAGAUGGUUUCAACCCCAACCAAAGCUAGCCCACCGACUGAGGCUAUGGAUGAUAUGGAAGAUGAAUCUACUGCACCAGAGCAAUCCCCAUCUCUGUCAAAGGAACCAACGCCGACUUCGCUCGGACAGGCACAGGCACCACUAUCCGGCGCUCAAAUGAAAACCGAGCAAAUCGCAAGUGCUGCCCACGUCGACAAAGCUCUACCGCCAGAAAAGACGCCCUUUGGGGGGUUGGCACCGAAACAGGAGCCAUCAGUGAUGGAGUUACCACUCCCACCUGAUUCGACUAGCAAGGCAGUUUUUGGCCCGGGUGACACAUCUGCAUCCUCGAAUGUCUCUAAGAGCUCCGUUGAAGACGCACCUCUUCCUCCAGAUUUCCUUACGCAACCAAAACCUGCCCCCAAAUCCGCAGGCGAGCCUCCUCUACCUCCCGAUUUCGUAGCGCAGCACAAGAAGACGGAGAAGCCGGAGCCAGCUCUCGAAGAGCCGCUACCUCCAGAGCCCAGUCCUAAGGAAGAACAACCCAUUUCGCAAUCCCUACCUGAAGAUGACGAAUCUGAGCCUGCGGAAAAAGAGUCCGGGGCGGAGGAAGGAGACUCUGAGGCGGAGGAAAGUGAGUCUGAGAGAGAAGCAGAAGAAUCAGAUUUUGCAGACAGCGGCGAGGAGAUUACACAUGAAGUUAGCCCUACGGAGGAAGAACCAGACCUUAGAGUGCGGAGUCUUAAAACCUCGCCGGAAAGUUCCUUUGGGGCGCCACUGGACAAAAGCCCUGGAGGGGAUCUGUUUUCGAGGAUUUCCAAACCUGAAAAAGUGUCGCAGCUAUUCGGAGAGGUUAAACCUCAUUUCCCACCUGCUCAGAAGGCUCGCGAAGUUCCAAGGUCGCCCAGCCCGGUACGAGUAGGUAUUCCCGGGAGGCUAUUACGGCCUGAGGGCCACAGGUCGAUCAGCGCCCCCUCGGUACCUGGAGCUACUUUGGCUGCCCGCAAAGCUGCCCUUACGGAUUCAGCACAGCGUGAUCACCGCCUAGAACCGCGACCCAGUUCCAUUGCCAGAGAAGAACAGGCCCGAUAUGUGGCUCAAGCGCGACGCGAGGCAGAGGAGGAAAUGCUGUCCCUCUCAGAUGAUGACGAAGACGAAAGGCUUCGUUCUGACUUAGCGCAACCUGCUGAGCCGGUUCCUACGCUUGAUCCCUUUCUUCCUCACCAAGACUACACAGGCGGGACGAGCAAGCCAGGAGUCCCAGGUCAAAUUGAAAAGCUGUAUCGAGACAUCAACUCGAUGGUGGACACCUUGGGCAUAAAUUCUCGGUCAUUAAUAUCAUACCUUCUAUAUCAACAAAUGCCAAACCAGUCGAAUUACAAAACAUUGGAGAAUAUCCUCCUUGGAGACCAGCCAACAGAUAUUUCGGAGGAGAAACUCCUGUUCGUUGAUAUCGAAAAACUGGAUGAUCUUGUUUCCAGCCUUUCCCAAUCGCUUGAUGAGCGUCGAGUGAAAGGCGUGGAGGAGAAGUUGAAGCAGUGUGGAGACAUCCUGAGCAACGAUGUCUUGACUCUACGAGCUCAGUGUGCUGGGAUCCAGAGAAUAUUAGAUACGCAUACGAACCCAGCCUCUAUUCUCUCGGCACCUCUUUCUGCGGAACAGAUCAACCUUCAACAAGAUCUACGGUCAGCUUCUACGGUUUUCCAGGCCAAGUUAGCAGAACUAGAGCAAGGAGUAUCACUUCUGCGUGCCAGAAUUGCUGACGCAGCCCCUGACCCAGUUACCGGCGUCCGUAAAGCGGCAACGAAGCGGCCAACUAUAGAGGCCGUUUCAUCCACCAUUUCAACAAUGAUGGGCAUGGCGGAGGCGAAAAGCGGCGACAUUGAUGUUUUGGAAGCUAAAAUGAAGAAACUGGGGAUUGAUAUCUCAGGGCCAUCGCCGAGCAGCCGGGAAGGAUCACCAUUCACGACACCGAAAAAGGCUCUGGGCCGAAUUCCUGUUACUCCUGGAUCUCGUGGUUCCAGGGACGAAGCCAUAACCGCUUAUCAUACCCCAGAUUCUGCCAGUCGAGGCUUGCCUUUCCGAUCCAGCAUUAACGGCUCAGCUAGGGCGAGCAGACUCCGAAAUAUGCAGGUCGCUGGAGAUUUUGUGGUGCGGCAAGAAGGUGAAAGGUGGAAAGAAAAGGCGCGGCGCAGGAGAUGUCUCCUUGACAAUCUAAAACACGCGAUGGACGAGAAGAAGUCGAAGGUCAGAGGUAUAGAUGACCCUUAG